CGACGGCAGUUUCAUGGUGACUCCAAUCAAGCUGGUGGAUAGGUAACGGAUCCCGCCACAGCCCAUGAUCAUCAUCAUCAGCAGCCCGACAUGUCGACUCCCUCUUCCGUCCUCAAUUCCCUCCGCAACGUCCCCACCGCCCAAACCAUUCUCAACGAGCACCACAUCUCCCUCCUCGACCAAGAGCGGCCAGCACAGAAUGGGGAUGCUGAACGCAAUUACAGUGAUGAGCCGCCGACCCCAGCCACCCCUAGCACCCCCGGGCCGCUCACUCGAAGACUCACCAAGCAGUCGAUGAAACGGCAAUGGAGCGAGAGAAAGUACGCCAAAUACCAGCCGGACAAGUACCACAUCCACGAAGACCCGCUACCGCCCGAUGAAGACCCCGCGAAUGCCCCACAAGCCGGGGAGGAGGCGUCGCGCAUCCAGACCAGCAUGCUCGAGCGCAGCCGUGCCAAAGCUAAGAGCUACCUCAAGCGAAGGGGCACCAUGGGGCAACGGAAGAACGAAAACGACAGCGUCGUCGACAUCCUCUACGAAAAUCAACGCGGCAUGUUCCUCUUUGGCAUCCCCAAAUACAGCAGCUCCUCCCUCCUCCCCUCCGAUCCUAAGCCCUGGCAGAACGCGCAGUUCCGCACUUCUCCCGUCGACAUUCGCAAUGCUCAAGUGCCGGAUCCGAGCUGGGAGUGGGCGUGGAAGAGCUGGUUCGUCGAUAUGAGCCGUGAUGUCGACGAGGAGGGGUGGGAGUACAGUUUCAUGUUCAAAGGAGGAUAUGCGUGGCAUGGCAAUCACCCCUGGUUCCACUCCUUUGUCCGCAGACGCCGUUGGUUGCGAAUGCGGAGAAGGCGAGACGUGCAUCACCAUACGAAGGAGAAAGCGCACGAACUGACGGCCGAGUACUUUACUAUCCACCCCAAGACGGUGCGACCAGCCAGCGAGGACUACAGUCGCAUGGGCACGAGCGAGAUGGCAAGGAUGAAAGAGAGACGCAGGCGGCAGGAUGAAGUGGAGGUCGAUCAGAUGGACAUCACCAACAUUGCAUCUCUCAUCUACGUCAUGAAACGUGCAUCUGUCGACAGGGAGAAGCUGGUUGCCGUGCGCAAAUUCACCGAUGGAGCUGGGCCAGAGCUGUACUAUCUGUCCGAGCGCAUGCCCGAGAUCAUGAAUCUCCUCGUCUUUCAAUCCUCUCGUCGACAAUUGCUGGCAGACUUACUACACCGCUUCGAUGCCGCACACGAACGUCGUCAGAGUCUGGCAGAUCACAAACACGAUGAUGAGGAGGCGCAAAAGCAGCAUGGAGAAGCCUCUCAACAGGCCGAGAACCUGAUCAAUGCGGUGAAGGCGGCGGACGAACAGGUAAAGAGAUUGGAAUACUGGUCUGAUAUCAAAAGCAUGGUGCAUGGCGGAGAAAUACUCCACGGCACAUCAGACGGCGACUGGGACCGCGCGAGAUGGCAAGGACUACGUGAUGCAUCUGGCAAAGGGAGCAGUUUCGCAAGCAAACAAGCCGCGAGCGAGGGCGCGCCUAAACUACACGCCCACCCCGAACACCCUCCCACCGAGGACGACGAAAGCGCCUUCACAGCACCCAGCACGCAGAGCGAAGGGGGUCAAGUCGUGGCCAUCAAACACCCCGGCAAAGACAGCGAUACAGGCCAUGAGACAGAAGGCUACGUCACAGCCGCCGAGUCUGUCUCGGAGAUGCCAGGAAAGAGCCCACGGAGCAACAAAGGCAAAGCCCGCCUGUCAAAUAUAGACGGCGUGCUGGAAAGUCUCGAAGACGACGCAGCCGAACCCCCCUCCACUCCUCCCCGCCGCACGAGCCGGCCCUUCCGCUCCCCAGCAAAACAAAACGUGCGCAUCGUCGACCCCGUGCCGGAAGGCCUGGACGAACGAGACGGUAACGGAGGCGGAGGCGAUGGCAGCUGACUAGCCGACUCGCCGAAGCGACCUGCCAGUCCUGCUGCGAGGGGAUGGUUUAGUUGGAGAACUGGCGGCAGCAGCACGGCGAAGCAGAAGCGCGCCAAGUCCAUGGAUAGUGUGCGGAGUACGCGGACGACGGAGAGUGCGAAAGCCUUGAAGGUGCCAAAGAGUUGGGUUGAGCAGGCUUUUUCUUGAAGUGGCAUUUGGGUGUCUGACGUUAGCGAGCGAGGCAUCGUGAUGGUUGAUUGAUUGUGGGAGAUUGACAUGCGUGUAUACCAUGUUAGUUGCGAAGCAUUUUAUUUUUCACACAUUACUGCCAUACCCCGUUCUCCUGCUU